AUGCACGACGACGCGAAUACUGCAGAACGCAUGCGCGAAAGAAGGUGGGGGAGGCCCCUCGAAAUCCCGCAGUGUGCAGCAGAGAGAGCCUCAAACGUGUAUACGCAACACGCGGGAGGCAAUUGGGGUGCAAGCGCAGAAGAAGAGGCAGUUCGUGGGGAGGCGAUGGCUCAGGUUCCUUGGGAAGUGCUUUCUCGACAGCCAGUGGAGGCUUCUGCUGCGCUCAAGCAGUUGCGGCUGUGCUACCGAAGCAUCCGCAAAGCUGCUGCUGCAGCCGAGGGUGCCGCCACUGCUCAGGGAGUGUUGCAGCAGGAAAUCCUUGGCAGCCUCAAGACUGCGCAUGCUGCUCUCAGCGAGGUGCUGCUCGCUGAAGCGAAGGAGCCGGCUGCAGAAGCGAGUCUGCGAAGGAAUGCUUGCUUCGAGGCAGUACGCAUUCGAUUCGUGCCUGAACUUGACGGGGUGUGGCUAGCCUUCACGGAGACGCGACCAGCAACCCUUAGCAGCUACAGCAACGUCAGCAAGCACAGCAGCAGCAAGAGCGGCAGUAAGGGGGGAGCAGCCGCCCUCGGCUUUUUGUUGCCAGAUCUGCACAGCAAUGACGGGACGCUUCUCCUGUCCGUGGAGACAACAGCGCUCGUCUUUACUCCCAAAGUGGGAGACCUCAUCACGUGUUUAGCCCAGACGGUGCGUCCUGCAGUUGUGCGACUGCUGUGGCUUGGUCACUUUACCGCCGUCGUCCACCGAGAGCAUCUAGGGGCAAGAUUCCACUAUCAAGAGGAGUGCAAGGCGUACGUACACCACAAGGACAAGAGCCGCCGUAUCGAGGAUAAGGCGUUCGUUCGCAUCCACAUCAUCGAGGUUCCAAAAUCGCACAGUGGAGAUCGCGUUGCCAUACGCGGCUCUGUGUUAGCCCGCGGCUCGGGGCCUCUUGCUCCUGCUUCUGUGGAGCUCAGCACGCUGUCUGUUGCUGCAUCGCGCGAACCGCCGGCUGCGUGGGCCCUUGUGGCCCACACUGUUGCUGCAGGCUUAUAG